AGACAUCUGACAACGUAAGUGUUCGCACUUCGGUUGUUCGAUGAAGUCGUUCCGUGUAGUUGGUUGUGCGUAGUUAAAAAAAAUGAAUGUUGUGGCAAAGUCAACGAAUUUGUCGCCGUUUUUAAAAUCGGCGACGACUGUCAUUUCGAGUGGGAUACAACCAGUGUCUGGAACAGGUUUUGUGCUACCGGCAGCGAAAAUUGUCACCAAACCUGGCGUUGAUCGAAAGGUCAUUCAAAGUCUGCAAGAAUCCCUUAUUACGGGAUCAUUGCGUGUGAGCUCUGGACUCGGAGUGAGCUUACAAACAGGACAAAGAAGGCUAGCGCAUACUGAUGUUAAGUGGCCAGACUUCUCCGAUUAUCGGCAAGAUUCUGUGCAGGAUCCAACCAGCAGAAGCAGGGAUAAUGCAGGCAACCGCAAAGCUUUUGCAUAUGUUCUUUCUGCUGCAACUGGAGUUAGUUGUGUAUAUACAGCAAAGGCAGUUGUGCAGAGUGCAGUAUCUGCCUUAAGUGCAACAGCUGAUGUACUUGCUAUGGCAAAAAUUGAAGUUAAACUUAAUGCUAUACCUGAAGGAAAAAGUGCUGUCUUCAAAUGGCGUGGAAAGCCUCUCUUUAUACGACACAGAACAGAAAAAGAGAUUGCUAAGGAGGGAGCUGUCGAUGUUGCAGCACUUCGUGAUCCACAAACGGAUCUUGAACGAGUGAAAGAUCCAAAAUGGUUGGUGGUCUUGGGUGUAUGCACGCAUUUAGGAUGUGUCCCAAUCGCAAAUGCUGGCGAUUUCGGUGGUUAUUUUUGUCCUUGCCAUGGUUCUCAUUAUGAUGCCAGUGGAAGGAUCAGGAAAGGACCAGCUCCAUUAAAUUUGGAGGUGCCGGAUUAUGAAUUCAUUGGAGAUGAUAUGGUAGUUGUUGGUUAAUGUAUUAGUACAUGUAGUCAAAUUAUAAACAAUUUAUGUGAGAAUAUGUUUUACAUGAAUUCGAUGAUUAUUUUCAAAUUGAAUCAAGAAACCUUCAUUCGAAUUACCGCUGUGUAUUAUAAGACAAUGGUGAACAAAUAAACGAUAAAAUGUAAUUCUACUUUA